GAUUUUCCUCUCCUAAUUUCAAAGAUCCAACGAACUCAGUUGGAUCCACAAAAAUUACUCUCCACCAUCCAAAAAAGUAUCCACUAACCAAUGCGUCAAAGUGAGCUCCUCUGCCGACACAAMAGUAUUAGCAGCAAACCAAAAAGMAACAGUGACAUAGGAAGAAACACCGAUUUCCAUUCCAAACCACCCCAGCCACCAUGGACCUUUCCAAACAUGACGUUUUUGCCCAGUGCUUCGAAAUUCUUCAGAAUGCCCCGGAUCGYAUUUGUCUUAGCCCCGUGCUCAAUGCCCAAAUCCUUGCCGUGGACUGGUCUACUGACUCCGUGACCAUCAUCAAUUCCCUCGAAAGAUCCUGGGACUCCCUGAUCAUGAACAAUCUCGCCAUGCAUGAAGCCAAGGCUCGUUUUUUCUGUGCGUUUCUUCGACUGGUAGUUGCCUCGCCUUCCUCAAGCAAGAACGAUAACAAUGAAGCUUCCGGCACCAUGACAGUUGUUCCAACAAACGUCUCAUCAAGCGACGCAAUAGAUGUCGCAAGAAACACCAUCACUACAGAAAACAGCGAAACCGAAAGCAUUGCCCGAAAACGCAAGCGUACAUUUUCUAGCCCUACUUACAUAUAUACCGAGCUCCCCCGCACGCUCGAAGCCAUUCUACCGACAUUCUUCGGCAAAACAACACCUAUUUGCUCCACAGACACAUUUGUCUCUUUCUACAAGAAGUACCUUCCCGGUGACACAGUGUGUCGACCACCCCGUAUUGAGGAAUAUUACCACCCGGCGUACAAAAGUCUGGCAUUUGCUAUGUGGUGCCUCCAAGCCUCAAAAGGGGACAUUGACUAUGUUCUCGAUUUCGAAGCUGACGCCAAGCCCUAUUCCUUCCACCAUGCCAAACGACCGCAUCAUACCGCAUUGGACGAAUCMAUGGCUCCCAAAGGCUACAAGAUUGUUGCGCAUGAGCCAACCAUUAACCUCGCAUCAAUUCUCAACCCAAAGGCCUUUGCCACCGAGAACAAYCUCACCCCUGCCCAGGCAGCCCGAUUCACCAACCCUAUCAUCGCAGAAUGCCGCUGCAAGUUCAUUCAUCGCAGUAAGUCGUGGUGMAAGUACAAGUCAACGUACAUCAUGUACCAUCCGCCAACCCACCUGCUCGUCGCCUGCCGUCGCCCAAAGAUCGAAGUUGUGAAGAAAAAGAUUUGCAAAUUGAAUCCCGUCUUUCACCUCGGCACCAAGCUCGAAGAGAACGCCAGUCGUCUAAGAAACCACGAGUUUAACGGUUCGAGGAUCAUUACAUCAAAGAUCUUCCCCGCCUGGAAAAGCGGUAGCGGUGCUUUCARUGACAAGGGUGAAAGUAGGGAACUCGAUAUUAUGGCCGCCUAUGAAAUUGUUCCCCUCGCCGACCGGAACAAGCACGAGUCAGCAAAUCUGGUAUGAACUGCGUUUCUCGGAAACAAAACUGCGCUUGGAAUUGAAUUGGCUAUACUUUGAUUUGAAUCGAAUCUAAAGAAAUGGCGGAUCGAUAAACUUGCACCUGUAGUUUUUUCGAUUUGGUGUGAUUCGAUUUUGAUCAGUCAUCGAUCCGUGUAUACCAGGUUUAUCGUUUUACUCCAUACAUCACGUGUKCUGUUUUCACCAGUAUUGCAUUUUUGUGAUUUAGGCUACAAUAUAAGUGGCAGUAACACCAAAAAAUCUUUAAUUGUUAUUUGUAACAAGUUAGUGCAUCUGAAUGAAAACUUACGCUUCUACCUGCUAUUUUCGGUAUCUUUUGUAGCCUCUCGUUAGAACCUAGGGUAAGUUAUGGUCCGGGUACCGUGCCUUUGAUAGGAAACCCAGUUGAGGCGAUCGCAUAUUGUUUCAUUGAUUACUUGGUUGGCAAAAAGCCGUUCCGUUGGUCCGAUUCGUAAGU